CAGCCCGCCUCUUCCGGAAGUGAGCUGCUCUCCUUUUUGUCGAGGUGAACGACGGGCAGACUUCGACCGGUGUCUUCGGCUGCAGGAUGUGGUGACCUGCUCAGAACUUGCAUGCCUUUCCCAAAACGGCAUCCUCGUCGCUUCCUUCACUCGUUGCGAGGAGUGACACUCGCACUCAUCUUACUCGAGUUGGUCCAUCGUUGAUAAUAAUAUUCUUCGAGGCUCCCUUAUCAGCGGGUCUUCAUCCUCCAGUAUGGCGGCAAGCUACUGGGAAUCGACUCAGCGGAAGUACUGGACAUUCACAAAGCAGCAACUGACACUUGAACGCAAGAAGCUUGAAGAGUCGGAGAGGAAUCUGGUGAACUUAUAUCCUUUGCCCGACAGGCGGCAUCUAAGCAUAUAUUUCUAUCACCAGCUGUCUAAAAUGGCAAGGCCCCUCGGAAUACGGCAACAGGCCUUGGCCACUGCCCAGGUCUACGUACGGCGAUUCUACACCAAGGUAGAAAUUCGCCGCACCAAUCCUGCCCUCGUUCUUGCGACUUCUCUCUACCUAUCUUGCAAGAUGGAGGAGUGUCCCCAGCAUAUCCGGAUGAUAUUAGCAGAAGCCCGUCACUGCUGGGACACAUCCUUCAAUGACAUCUCCAAGAUUGGCGAAUGCGAGUUCACGCUCAUCUCAGAAAUGAAUUCACAGCUCAUCAUCCACCAUCCAUACCGCAGCCUCGCAGAACUGCAGACUCACUUCCAGCUAACUCAGGAGGAAAAUGCACUAGCAUGGUCAAUCAUCAACGACCACUAUCUGACAGAUCUUCCUCUUCUCCAUGCACCUCACGUGAUUGCAAUCACGGCGAUGUUUCUUGCCGUUGUCCUUAAGCCGACGCAGGGUGGUCUUCAGCUGCAUGCCGCAGGAGUCAGCAAUGCGUUGCAGACUCUAGGAAAUGCUCGGAAUGCUGCUGCACAAGGGACGCAGAACCGAGUCCAGAAGUUGGUGGACUGGCUAGCAGAAAGUAGUGUCGACAUCGAGGCCGUCGUGGAGUGUACCCAGGAGCUUAUAUCCCUUUAUGAGGUGUGGGAGUGUUAUACCGAUAAGACAUGUAAAGAUCAGAUUGCUAAAUUUGUAAAGGCGAGAGGAUUGGACAAAUGACAGCUAUUAAUCAUGCCUUA